GGACGAUCGAAUUAAAAAAUAGAAAAACCCCGUAAAAACAGUAGUUAUGCUUCGCAUUUUCGAAGAAAAGCGCUGAACUGUAGCUAAAGUUCCAUUGGUCAAUUAUUAAGGGUUGGAAAUAUUUCCGUUCUGUCAAUGCGGAUUCGGCCUUUUGAUUGGACAAAACCGAGGGUAGAAGUGUAAACACAGCCCCUAUUCACAGUGUUAGGCGGAGCUUCGGAAGUGUGAUUUCCUCCGUAACAAAUAUUGUCAUUUCUGUUCCAACAGUUGUGGAAUCCGAAACGCAGGGAAGUUUCGGGAGUUUUGUGUUUAACGUUACAUGCGAUUGAGGUUGCAAUUUUUGAUCUUUAAACAGUAUAAUGGAAUCUAUUAAACCUAGAAUGACAGAAUCGCAGUCUAGUUUAUUGCCGAAGAAAGAAUUAAGUCCCAAACCGAACCAGUUUCAGGUUUCGACUGUUAUAUUAUACGGUGUACCGAUUGUUUCGUUGAUAAUCGAAAACCAAGAACGGCUCUGCUUGGCUCAGAUUUCCAACACUUUAUUGAAGCAGUUCAGCUACAAUGAAAUCCACAAUCGACGAGUCGCACUUGGAAUAACUUGCGUCCAAUGCACCCCGGUGCAAUUGGAGAUCCUUCGAAGAGCCGGCGCGAUGCCGGUGUCUUCCCGAAGAUGCGGAAUGAUAACCCGCAGAGAGGCCGAGCGGCUGUGCAAGAGCUUCCUCGGCGACAACGAUCCCCCGCGUUUGCCGGACGACUUCGCUUUCGCUGUCCACCACGAAUGCGCUUGGGGCUGCCGGGGCUCCUUCCUACCCUCACGCUACAAUUCCUCUAGGGCUAAAUGCAUCAAAUGUGUAGUGUGCGGUUUGUUCUUCUCGCCCAACAAGUUCAUAUUUCAUUCUCAUCGGCUAAGUGCUAGCGAUAAAUACGUUCAACCAGACGCGGCCAAUUUCAACUCGUGGAGGCGCCACAUGAAGCUCACCGGGAAUCCCCCGGAAGAAAUAAUCCACGCGUGGGAGGACGUGAAAGCGAUGUUCAACGGCGGCACGAGGAAGCGAUUGCUGGCCUCGUCUUUGAUGUCGCGGGCCCCGAAACAGAACAAAAUAGAACCGCAAACGCAGCCCAUCAUCCCGGCGCCUAGAAUACCUAAUUGCCAGGACAUCCCGUUGCCGAUAUCCAGAGUAGCCAUGGAUUUCAUAUAUCACAAACCGCUGGCUUUCUCUUCUUACUCUUCUUUUCCUUGGCUGAAACGCAAUCCCAUACUCUUCCCGCAGGAUAAUCCGUUCUUUCCCAUCGACAAGGCUUAUCAGUCCGCUUUCAAGCCCGUGCAGCCGAUUGUCGAGCGGCCUGUCUCCCAGAAGGACGAAGAAAGUGACGACGAUGAGGUCGAUAUCGAGACUACGGAUGAAAAAACCGACGGUGCUCCGACGUCCUGGGAUUUAAAGGAGGAAAAGGUUGCUUCAUCAGAACUUCCUCCUAGCCCUCACCCAACACCAGAGCAAAGAGAACAGAAAGAAGAGAUGUCGGCAAUAUCACAAAAAAUUUGGAAUCUCUCGAGAUUAUCAUUCGACGGGACGGACCGAACGAACUUUCUGUACAGAAAAGACUUGCAUCCGCAUUUUUUAAUCGAAUCUGAAGAAGAGCCCUCAUCCAUGAUAAGAACUGCAAUGGGGAUGGGGUUAGGACUUAAUCUGAAGCCGAAUGUCGAUUGUUCGACUUGCUUGAAUCAUAGCAAUAGCAUUAUUCUCCCGCCGGAAACCAGUAGUAAUAAGAUUACAUAAUUAUCUUUUCAAAAAACGACUAUAUUUAUUAUUUAUGUUAUUUACGUAGGAAUUGAAAGUGCAAUAUAAAACCUUUGUAUUUAUUAUGUAAAAUAGUAGUGAAUCGUAAUGUUAUUGGAUCUCAU